UGUGGAUUUUUAUGGAAAUUGCGUAGUGGAAUAAAAGACUCUGUCUGGCCACACAAUGCGUGCUGUACUCAUAACUGUCCUUGUGGCGGUGGCGCAAGCUUUACCCGAACAGUACCAACAGUUCAACCAAGAGCAGUCAUACCAACAUAAUCAGCAAUAUGCUCGCAAUCAGGAGUAUCAGCAGAGCAAUCAGUUCCAGCAGAAUCAAAACGAGCAAUUUCAAUAUAAGCAGAACGAAAACAAUGAGCAGUUCCACACAGAGCAUCAGGAACACAACGAGCAGUUCCACAAAGAGCAUCGGGAACACAACGAGCAGUUCCACACAGAGCAUCAGGAACACAAGGAGCAGUUCCACACAGAGCAUCAGGAACACAACGAGCAGUUCCACACAGAACAUCAGGAACACAAUGAAUUCCAGACUGAACAUCACGAAGGUGUAACUCAUGAUGGAGGUAACGAACAUGGUGUUCUGGGGGUAUUGGGAACUAUUGGCAAUGAAGUCCGUGACGUGAAAAAUAUCCAUGAGAACUUGGAUGAUGCUAUCCUGGGCGGUCCAGUCGGUAAAAAAAAAAAACGUCCCGACCCAUUGGUGACUUUAUUUGGAGUACAUAGCCACAACCAAUUGAGCGAAUUCUAUUACAAAUAUACAGGUUUUAGAGAAAGACAACAGUUUAUGUCGUAUUUGUUGAAGGAAACUGAGCUUAAAUCUCCAAAGGAGAUUUUCAAAUUCCUGAAAGCAUGCAAGGGUAAUCGUGGAUGGUACUUCUACGAUCAAAUAAUGAUUAAAUUGACUGGAAAUACCCAUAUUAAGGGCUGCCUGCGGCUGUUACAACUGCUCACUGGAAAGAAAAAUCCACUUGAUGCCUUCGAAGCGAUAAAACCGCUGACCGGCCAUGACGAUAUUGAAGGUGUCUGGGAGAUGUUGCAGAAAAUGUCCAGUCGAAAGAACAUGUCAGACGUAUUCGAUUGCUACGAACACGAAGCUGAACAUAUGGAGGGAAUAACUAAUGCGACUGCUCUGGAUGGGGUUGAGAAUUAUGUCAACAAGAUGACAGCAGGAGAGGGACCGGACGCUUUGUCUGGAGUCUAUCUCGCCAUGAAGACCGAUCUCGAUUGGGAUUUGUCAUACAACGUUCUAAUGGGCGCUAUGAGAUGCAACGAUAUGGGCGAGGCACCGGCCGAAUUAAAACAAUUAUUGAACGAAGAUGAAUUCUCCAAGUGUAUAUGGUUAUUAAAGGAGUUCACUGGACUUACGAAUUUCAGAUACGCUAUUGAACAAAUACUACAGGAUACGGGGAGGGUCAGUUUGAAAGAAGUCGUGCGACUUCUAUACAAAAUCACUGGAGAAAAUCGACUUGAUAAAAUUCUAGUUCUCGUACGACGCCUUUUUAAGGUUAAAAACAUAACGGAUCUAUUCCAACGCAUCAACAACCUGACGAGGAAGCGGGAUCCUCUCCAAUUCCUCAUCAGCAUCAUGGACCUCACAAAGCAGAACACGAUCGAAGGCGCUUGCAAUGAGAUCACGGGUCUCACUACUGGCACAACUGACGCCAUAGCGGUCCUAGAACGAAUACAGCGCGACUCGGCCCACGAAGAUGUCGUCGACUUCUUGAGACAACUUAUGAUAAAAGUGACUGGAGCGAAGAAUUUGACACAAGGCUGGAAAGUUAUUAUAUCCGUAACGAAGGAAACAGAUAUCUUCCUGCUCAUCAGGCGUUUCAAGUUAUACACACACACGAACAUAAUAAUCGUUGUAUUAACGAUUUUGCGUAUUACCAACACAUCUACAUUGCCAGUCGCAAAUAUUAAAAUAAAUAAGUUACUGGGCAUUGAAGGUUUCUUUGAAUGGUUCGAGGUUAUUCACAAAACAUCUAAUAUGGAUGUAAUUAAAUUCUUCGAUUUGUUCACUACAUUGAGUAAACGAUUGCUUUUGGACAACGCAAUAACGAAGUUAUUAGCUUUUACGAAACAAACAACUUUCAUUGACGCCCUUAAGGUCCUAACUAUAGCCACUGGACACAAAGAUUUAACAGGUCAAAUUAUAUACAUAAAAGACAAUAAACCAGCACUUAAUACGACAACAACAACGACGACAACGACAACAACAACAGAAGCGCCAAAAACAGAGAUAUUAGGUCAAGCAACUAUUACCUCCGAAACAACAAAAACCGAAACGGAAAAUGGUGCAACUAUAACUAUUGUAACAACAACAAAAGAAACUCCUGUUGUUAUACACACAACUCAACAAAUAACAAAUGAAAAUGCACCAGAAACUGUCAUAACUCAAGGUCCGCCAGGAUCCAACCCAGAGGGCAGUAAUCCUAAUGGACCAAAAGUUACCCCGCAAGAAACCUACCCGGCGGGUACCAAUCCCAAUGGCCCAGAAGUGACCCCGCAAGAAACCAACCCGGCUGGUACUAAGCCCAAUGGCCCAGAAGUAACCCCGCAAGAAACCAACCCGGCGGGUACUAAGCCCAAUGGCCCAGAAGUGACCCCGCAAGAAACCAACCCGGCGGGUACCAAUCCCAAUGGCCCAGAAGUGACCCCGCAAGAAACCAACCCGGCGGGUUCUAAGCCCAAUGGAUCAGAAGUGACCCCGCAAGAAACCAACCCGGUGGGUACCAAUCCCAAUGGAUCAGAAGUGACCCCGCAAGAAACCUACCCGGCGGGUACCAAUCCCAAUGGCCCAGAAGUGACCCCGCAAGAAACCAACCCGGCUGGUACUAAGCCCAAUGGCCCAGAAGUGACCCCGCAAGAAACCAACCCGGCGGGUACUAAGCCCAAUGGCCCAGAAGUGACCCCGCAAGAAACCAACCCUGCGGGUAACACUCCCAAUGGCCCAGAAGUGACCCCGCAAGAAACCAACCCGGCGGGUACCAAUCCCAAUGGAUCAGAAGUGACCCCGCAAGAAACCAACCCGGCGGGUACUAAGCCCAAUGGCCCAGAAGUGACCCCGCAAGAAACCAACCCGGCGGGUACCAAUCCCAAUGGCCCAGAAGUGACCCCGCAAGAAACCAACCCAGCGGGUACUAAACCCAAUGGCCCAGAAGUGACCCCGCAAGAAACCAACCCGGCGGGUACCAAUCCCAAUGGCCCAGAAGUGACCCCGCAAGAAACCAACCCUGCGGGUAACACUCCCAAUGGACCAGAAGUGACCCCGCAAGAAACCAACCCAGCGGGUACUAAUCCCAAUGGCCCAGAAGUGACCCCGCAAGAAACCAACCCGGCUGGUACUAAUCCCAAUAGAUCAGAAGUUACCCCGCAAGAAACCAACCCGGCGGGUACUAUGCCCAAUGGCCCAGAAGUGACCCCGCAAGAAACCAACCCGGCGGGUACUAAGCCCAAUGGCCCAGAAGUGACCCCGCAAGAAACCAACCCGGCGGGUACUAAGCCCAAUGGAUCAGAAGUGACCCCGCAAGAAACCAACCCGGCGGGUACUAAUCCCAAUGGAUCAGAAGUGUCUCCGCAAGAAACCAACCCGGCUGGUACUAAGCCCAAUGGCCCAUAUGUGACCCCGCAAGAAACCAACCCGGCUGGUUCUAAUCCCAAAGGAUCAGAAGUGACCCCGCAAGAAACCAACCCGGCGGGUACUAAUCCCAAUGGAUCAGAAGUGUCUCCGCAAGAAACCAACCCGGCGGGUACUAAGCCCAAUGGCCCAGAUGUGACCCCGCAAGAAACCAACCCGGCGGGUACUAAGCCCAAUGGCCCAGAUGUGACCCCGCAAGAAACCAACCCGGCUGGUACUAAUCCCAAUGGACCAGAAGUGACCCCUCAAGAAACCAACCCGGCGGGUACCAAUCCCAAAGAACCAGAAGUGACCCCGCAAGAAUCCAAACCAGAGGGUACCAAUCCCAAUGGCCCAGAAGUGACCCCGCAAGAAACCAACCCGGCGGGUACCAAUCCCAAUGGCCCAGAAGUGACCCCGCAAGAAACCAACCCUGCGGGUAACACUCCCAAUGGACCAGAAGUGACCCCGCAAGAAACCAACCCAGCGGGUACUAAUCCCAAUGGCCCAGAAGUGACCCCGCAAGAAACCAACCCGGCUGGUACUAAUCCCAAUAGAUCAGAAGUUACCCCGCAAGAAACCAACCCGGCGGGUACUAUGCCCAAUGGCCCAGAAGUGACCCCGCAAGAAACCAACCCGGCGGGUACUAAGCCCAAUGGCCCAGAAGUGACCCCGCAAGAAACCAACCCGGCGGGUACUAAGCCCAAUGGAUCAGAAGUGUCUCCGCAAGAAACCAACCCGGCUGGUACUAAGCCCAAUGGCCCAGAUGUGACCCCGCAAGAAACCAACCCGGCUGGUACUAAUCCCAAUGGACCAGAAGUGACCCCGCAAGAAACCAACCCAGAGGGUACUAAUCCCAAUGGAUCAGAAGUGUCUCCGCAAGAAACCAACCCGGCUGGUACUAAGCCCAAUGGCCCAGAUGUGACCCCGCAAGAAACCAACCCGGCUGGUACUAAUCCCAAAGGAUCAGAAGUGACCCCGCAAGAAACCAACCCGGCGGGUACUAAUCCCAAUGGAUCAGAAGUGUCUCCGCAAGAAACCAACCCGGCGGGUACUAAGCCCAAUGGCCCAGAUGUGACCCCGCAAGAAACCAACCCGGCUGGUACUAAUCCCAAUGGACCAGAAGUGACCCCUCAAGAAACCAACCCGGCGGGUACCAAUCCCAAUGGCCCAGAAGUGACCCCGCAAGAAACCAACCCUGCGGGUAACACUCCCAAUGGACCAGAAGUGACCCCGCAAGAAACCAACCCAGCGGGUACUAAACCCAAUGGCCCAGAAGUGACCCCGCAAGAAACCAACCCGGCGGGUACCAAUCCCAAUGGCCCAGAAGUGACCCCGCAAGAAACCAACCCUGCGGGUAACACUCCCAAUGGACCAGAAGUGACCCCGCAAGAAACCAACCCAGCGGGUACUAAUCCCAAUGGCCCAGAAGUGACCCCGCAAGAAACCAACCCGGCUGGUACUAAUCCCAAUGGAUCAGAAGUUACCCCGCAAGAAACCAACCCGGCGGGUACUAAGCCCAAUGGCCCAGAAGUGACCCCGCAAGAAACCAACCCGGCGGGUACUAAGCCCAAUGGCCCAGAAGUGACCCCGCAAGAAACCAACCCGGCGGGUACUAAGCCCAAUGGAUCAGAAGUGACCCCGCAAGAAACCAACCCGGCGGGUACUAAUCCCAAUGGAUCAGAAGUGUCUCCGCAAGAAACCAACCCGGCUGGUACUAAUCCCAAUGGACCAGAAGUGACCCCGCAAGAAACCAACCCAGAGGGUACUAAGCCCAAUGGCCCAGAUGUGACCCCGCAAGAAACCAACCCGGCUGGUACUAAUCCCAAAGGAUCAGAAGUGACCCCGCAAGAAACCAACCCGGCUGGUACUAAUCCCAAUGGACCAGAAGUGACCCCGCAAGAAACCAACCCAGAGGGUACUAAGCCCAAUGGCCCAGAUGUGACCCCGCAAGAAACCAACCCGGCUGGUACUAAUCCCAAAGGAUCAGAAGUGACCCCGCAAGAAACCAACCCAGAGGGUACUAAGCCCAAUGGAUCAGAAGUGUCUCCGCAAGAAACCAACCCGGCUGGUACUAAGCCCAAUGGCCCAGAUGUGACCCCGCAAGAAACCAACCCGGCUGGUACUUAUCCCAAUGGACCAGAAGUGACCCCGCAAGAAAGCAACCCAGAGGGUACUAAUCCCAAUGGAUCAGAAGUGUCUCCGCAAGAAACCAACCCGGCGGGUACUAAGCCCAAUGGCCCAGAUGUGACCCCGCAAGAAACCAACCCGGCUGGUACUAAUCCCAAUGGACCAGAAGUGACCCCUCAAGAAACCAACCCGGCGGGUACCAAUCCCAAAGAACCAGAAGUGACCCCGCAAGAAUCCAAACCAGAGGGUACCAAUCCCAAUGGCCCAGAAGUGACCCCGCAAGAAACCAACCCGGCGGGUACCAAUCCCAAUGGACCAGAAGUUACCCCGCAAGAAUCCAAACCAGAGUGUACCAAUCCCAAUGCACCAGAAGAUAAGCCGCAAGAAUCCAACCCGGUGGGUACCACUCGCAAUGGACCAGAAGUGACCCCGCAAGAAUCCAAACCAGAGGGUACCAAUCCUAAUGGACCAGAAGCUAAUCCUCGAGUACCUUCAUCUCAAGAAAGUCCCGGAAGCAAUGCUGGUACAGACGGAAACAGUCCUGGUGGCAGCAAAGUGGCUCCAAGUCAGAAUCCAUGCCCUGAUAUUAGUCCAGUCGAGAAACCAGCUUCUGGGUCACAACCUACAGCACCCGGACAAGACAUACAGAACAUAGAUAAUCUUCAAGCAUUACAAACAAUUGUCGAUCUACAGUUUGUCAUUCUGCCCCGAGGACCGAAAAACACGAAAAAUUGCUACUGCACUUGUGAAAGCCCGUCUGCGCCAAAAUUAAUUAAAAUGAAAGACCUACCACCCGGUAUCAAAUAAUACCGCGAUUUAAUUUAAUAAUUGUUAGAAUUAUAUCUACAGUGUGCUUUUCUGUUUGUUACGAAAAUAAUUUACUCUAUGAUUCAAACUUCAAAGCGUCACAGUUGACGUGACAUGUCUACAGGCUGUCAUGUACAAGUGGCGCUAACUCUAAUCUGUGGCGGCACUAUCUUUAUUAUUUGAAAAGCUUUUUGUAAAUGAUACUACAUAUAUUGUUAUAAAAUAACCAGCUUUAAAAGUCAGUUUUCAAAAUUAACCCCAAACGAUUCUUCCAAGAUGACCAAACGUUGAGAACUGUCAACUGUCAAAAUCAUUUACAAUUUUUACCACUCACUCCUUGGUAGAUUGAACUUUAGACAAAAUUGUGAUAAUCGUCACCCAAUAUCAAAAAUAGUAGUUAGAUUAUCAACGGCGGAUCUACAACUUGCAUCAAGGGGGCACAGACAAAAGACGUUCUUUUCGAUUGUUGGUGGUUAGAUCAGUUGGUGUUAGAAGCCUCACAAGACCCCCAAUGCAUUUUGGAGCAUUCGGGCAGUAAGAACUUACACUGACGUGAGCCUUCACCUACGGAUUGUUCUCAUAACGUCAGUUGUCAGUUUGACAGCUGAAAUAAAUGUUUUUUUUUUAAAUCUGGCGCGACGAAAACCUUUUAAAAUUUUAUCUUUGAUUGUCCUUUGAUUAAUAAUUUGUAACUAACAGUGUUU